AUGGCUGCCAAUUUAACGCAAGAACAGGAAAAUGCGACGAAGGAAUUUAUAGAAAAAGUGAACGCGAAGUACGGCCGGAAAAUCGGCUCUAUCUCGUGGUCGACGGCCGUGCGGUUCUUGUACGCGCGAAAAUUCGACGUCGGCAGAGCCCUUGCUCUGUUCGAUCAACACGAAUUGACCAGACAACGCGAAGGCCUCAACCGUUUCGACCCCAAAAGCGAACCGCUUCGCUCAGAACUGCUCACAGGAAAAUUUACAAUAUUGCCAAAACGAGACUCUACAGAUGCUGCCAUAGCUGUGUUCACCGCUCACAAACAUUUACCCGCGAACAGUACGCACCAAACGACUCUACAGGGUGUAGUCUACCAGCUGGAUUGCGCUUUACAAAACCAUCUGACACAAAGGGCUGGUAUAGUUUUUAUAUACGAUAUGUCCAAUUCUAAAUAUUCCAAUUUCGACUACGACUUGUCGCAGAAAAUCCUCACGCUUUUGAAGGGUGGUUAUCCCGCUAAGCUGAAGAAGGUGCUCAUCGUUACCGCCCCCUUAUGGUUCAAGGCGCCAUUUAAAAUACUUCGUUUGUUCGUCCGCGAGAAGCUAAGGGAAAGAGUGUACACGGUCUCGGUGGCGCAGUUGUCCAGUCACAUACCGAGGGAUUCCCUGCCCACCCAACUGGGGGGCUCCCUAGUCCUGGACCAUAAUGGUUGGCUGUCGCACUGCGUGCUGUCAAUGACUAGUACGAGGGCCGAGUCGCCGCCAAUUUAUGAUGGUAAAACACCGUCGCCCCAAAAACGCAUCUCGGCCCCCAGCGACAUCGACAUCUCGGGCUCCGGCAACGGCGUCGACAGUUGGGCGGAGGAGGCGAAUUUGAAUCCGCCGAGCAGCGCGUCGAGCGGCUUCUCCGACGAUGAUUCGUUGCACGGCGACGGCGCCGCCCUGACGGCCAUGCAAUUGGUCGAUUACGUGAGGCAGAGGAGGCGGCAGGGUCUUAUGCAGGAAUACGCCGAAAUUAGACUUAGACCUCCGGAUGGAACAUUCAACAUAGCGAAAUCGAAAAAUAAUCUGCCCAAAAAUAGGUAUACCGAUGUGCUGUGUUACGAUCAUAGUAGGGUCAUUCUGUCCGAAUUGGAAAAUGACAAAGAUAGCGAUUACAUUCACGCCAAUUUCGUAGAUGGUUAUAAGCAAAAAAAUGCUUUUAUUAAUACGCAAGGUCCGUUGCCGAAGACGACGCCAGACUUUUGGCGAAUGAUUUGGGAACAACACACAUUAGUAAUAGUCAUGACAACGAGAGUUAUGGAAAGAGGCAGGCCGAAAUGCCACCAAUAUUGGGAACCCGAGGUGGGCGGUGAGGUGCACUAUGGUCAAUUCUUGGUUAAAACUGAGGCUGUUGAAACGAACACUGAUUAUACUGUAACUACGAUUAGUCUAACGAAUAAUAAAACGGAAGAAACACGUGAAGUUUCACACUGGCAAUUCACUUCGUGGCCGGAUUACGGGGUUCCGGAUUCCGCCGUAGCAAUGUUAGAAUUCCUGGAAAGGGUCAGGAGAAAACAGGCCAGUAUGGUUGUAGCAUUAGGUGAUACGUGGGCAGGACAUCCGAGAGGUCCUCCGAUCGUUGUACAUUGUAGCGCCGGUAUCGGUAGAACAGGUACGUUUUGUACAUUAGACAUCUGCAUAUCUCGUUUAGAGGAUGUGGGAACGGCGGACAUUCGCGGUACAGUGGAAAGGAUAAGAUCGCAACGAGCCUAUUCCAUCCAGAUGCCUGACCAAUAUAUCUUCUGUCAUUUGGCUCUUAUAGAGUACGCUCAGAUGAAGGGGUACCUUCAGCCCGCAGAUCUGGCCGGUUUGGACCAACCCGUCGAGGAGGAUUCCGAUUAA